AUGGAACUGGAAAGAGCAGAAAACGUACUUGUUAUUACUCACCAAGCUGUAAUUCGUUGUAUUCUUGCUUACUUUCUCGACAAAGAUCCUGAGCGUCUACCUUAUAUGAAAGUGCCAUUGCAUACAGUAAUUAAAUUGACACCGAUGGCUUAUGGAUGUAUGAUGGAACGUAUACCACUAUCGUUUGAAGCUACAAACACAAAUCGUAGUAAACUGAAGAAUUGUGAACCCAAUCUAGCAGUUGUAGAGGCACUUAAUGAAUUUCCCAGAGUACGUCCGGAAAUCAAGAUUGGUCCAAGAACAACUCAGGUCAUUUACCAGAAUACUGGUACAGCUUUUGAAACAACUGACGCACAUGGGAAUCGAAUACAACGUAUGGACAGUACGAUUAGUGAUGUUACAUGGGAUAAUAGUUUUCCAUCGGUUCACGAUAGUAAUAUCUAA